AGUCGCCCCCCCCCCCAUCCCUGCUAUGAUAGUCCAACCUUUUCUUCGCAAACAGGAGAAGGAAAAAAAAACAGAAAUCCCAUAGAGAUCAGUGGAUGGAGUACAUAGCUAGAAAAAACAAAGACAACAAAAAAAAGUCAAUUAGUUAAGAUUCUAUAAUCAGUUAAAAGGUAUAGUUUUUGUUUUACAAAGAUUUUGUUUCUUGAAAUAGCUUGAAAGAGAGGGGUUUAAUAGAAAUGGGAAGGCCUCCUUGCUGUGAUAAAGUUGGUGUGAAGAAAGGUCCCUGGACUCCUGAAGAGGAUAUCAUUUUGGUUUCUUAUAUUCAAGAACAUGGUCCUGGCAAUUGGAGAUCUGUUCCUACUAAUACUGGGUUGCUUAGAUGCAGCAAAAGCUGCCGACUCCGGUGGACAAACUAUUUGCGUCCCGGAAUAAAACGUGGCAACUUCACCGAACAAGAGGAAAAGAUGAUUAUACAUCUCCAAGCCCUUCUUGGAAAUAGAUGGGCAGCAAUAGCUUCAUACCUUCCUCAAAGAACAGACAAUGACAUAAAGAACUACUGGAAUACCCAUCUCAAGAAGAAACUCAAAAAGAUGCAAGGCCAAGAUGAUCAGGCAAUCUUCCAGCAAGAUGGUACUAAUAAUAAUAAUUCCUCAUUAUCAUCUUCCUCCACUCACCACCAAUCAUUGUCAAAGGGCCAGUGGGAGAGAAGGCUUCAAACUGACAUUCAAAUGGCCAAACAAGCCCUUUGUGAGGCUUUAUCCAUCGACGACCACAAACCCGAAACCGCAACCGCCCGCUUGCCCGACCCGGUCCAACCGCCUCCCGCGGCCCCAUAUGCGUCGAGCACGGAGAACAUUGCGAGACUGCUCGGAAACUGGACGAAGAAAAACUCGGGCCGCCGGACCGGUUCCCCGGCCCGGUCCAACUCGGAGACACUCACAACCCAAACCGGGACGGUGGCGGGUUCGAGCUCGUCCAUCUUCAGCUUCAAUUCGACCGUGAACGAGAACGGGAGCGUUUUCCAGGUCGAGAGCAAGCCGAGCUUCGUCGUCGCGCAAACCGCGGGAACGGGUAGUAGUAAUAAUAACGGUGCGACGGAGACGAAUAUGCCCCUGACAUUGCUGGAAAAAUGGCUGUUUGAUGAUGCAGCAUGCAAUGUUCAAGCAGCACAGGAGGAGCUGAUGAUGGGAAUGGGAGUGGAUUUGGGUAUUAUGCCCUUAGGUGAGACUGCUGAGUUGUUUUGAUGAAUUGGAAGUAGUGGAUCUAUCUUGUGCACAUGAACCAAUGACAUCUUUGUGUAUAUGUCUAUUAUCUUUAAAACUUGUGGUUUUACUUCUUUUACUACCAUUACCAUAUAUCAUGAAGAUUGUUAGGGCUUUUAAACUCUAUAUAUGUGUGUGUGUCCAUAGACUGGGCUUUUUCACAUACCAAGCUAAGCUAGAGCUCCAACUUCUGCUAUUGGACAAAGAAAGUGUAUAUUAAGGU